UUGAUUUCUAAUUACCUGAUUGGCAGGGAGUUAAAACUAAGAUAUUAUUUAAUAAUUGUGUGAAGCACAUUGACUCGCGUGCGUAUAGUAGUGAGAUUGGUUUUCGUUCAUUGUGUAUGUAAUGUGCGGGAACUGAUUCCAAUUACGGUGUUUUACCUCACGAUGGUUCUUCUGAAUUUUACUCGAACAUUAUCUACUCGUGAGCUUGUUCAACGUUUUACGACCUGGAAUAAACAUCGUACUAUCAUGAUGUGCGCUAAGCGACAAGCGCGGAUGGCGUUUGUGAAGUUGGACAACGAAAAAAAUCGGCUUUCUCUUUCGUUUAAGUACGAAAGUGAUUUCGUGGCAGAUCGUUUGUUUACUAUAAACCGUGGACAGGAAGAGCCGAUAGAAACGUCUUUAACCAGGUUGCAAAUGAAUAUCACAGGCAUCGCUAUGAAGAAAUUUCGCAAGCAGAAACAGAAACCACGUGCACAGGAAAAUAUAUCAAACAGUAAUGACGCUAAUAAGGGUUGUUCAUCUAACGAGAACACAAAUAAUGGGGAAGAUAAAUUAAAGCCUUCGAUCACUAUCGAAGAUCUCAAUGGAACGAUUAUAGAACCGUUUAUUAACAAUCGGGAAGCAUUCCGUACCGGACACGUUCUCAACAUCGAUGGUAAAAGGUUUCCGAUUGUCGUUGAUGCCCCUACUGUGGUACGCAUAAGUCUGCCAAAAAUUAUGAUGACAGGAUUUCCGAUUCAGGCCUAUGUAACCUUAGAACACGCAAACCUUCCCGACUGCGUUUUCUCAUGGUGGCGUAAUUCAGUAAAAGGCGAGACAUUCGCAGACUACGCAAAGGAUGACAUUAUCAAAGACAAAUCGCAGACAUGGCUUAGGAUUCGUGGGGAAUCUUCAAGAACAUACAAUGCUCGACCUGAGGACGUCGGACACAAGAUUAUGGUCUAUUGUGAACCCCGAUGUGGACCGGUUGUCGGCGUUGAAGUUAGUGCAGUCUCUUCUUCAGUCGUUAAUACCCCACCCGAGAGGUGCGCUUUUGAGGACCGACAUCAACUUACCCCAGAUAUCUUACCGGACAAUAUGUUCAGAGUUGUUUCGUACAACUUGCUGGCUGACGUUUACGCGCGCACAGAGUUUUCCAAGACUGUCCUAUUCAAUUAUUGUCCGAGAGAUGCAUUAGAUUUCGAAUUUCGGAAACACCUUCUCAUAAAAGAAAUACUUGGGUACAACGGGGAUGUGUUGUGUUUACAAGAGGUGGAUCGAGGCAUGUUCAAACACGAGUUACAGCCCUGUCUUAGUCUGCAGGGAUUUGACGGGAUUUAUUGCGAAAAAGGAGCUGAAGGCGCUGAAGGUUGUGCGGUUUUCUAUCGGAAAUCCAAGUUUUCCUUAACAGAAUCUAACCGAGACGUUUUGUCGGAAAAAAUCGAAGAAAAAGAGUGUCUGGCUGAUAUACGCUGCGUAGUUGAGAAGAACCUAAAGCUCAAGGAUCGUUUAAGAAACAGGAGUACGGUCCUUCAGCGUGUAUUGCUUCGCCAUGUGGAGAGCAAACGUGAAAUUUUGGUCUGCAACACGCACUUGUAUUUUCAUCCUGAUGCAGACCACAUUCGGCUUCUACAAGCAUACAUAAGUGUACGGCUUGCGGAAGAACAACUUCGGAAAGUAGAUGAAAAGGUGUAUUGUAUCCCAC